UGUCCCAGCGUGGGUCUUCAGAGCAGCAAACAUGGACCUGGUCUCAAAAACUCUGUUUCUGUGCUUAGCGUUUGCCCUCACCAGGGCAGGACCGCUGCAGGAUUCAGCUGCAGGUGAUGGUAAACCCCCGAAAUGCAGUGAUGUCAAACUUGGUGCCAUAACUACAGACGGUGACAAGACAACGUACAUCUUUGCAGACAUAACGGAGCGCCACUGUGAGCACCAUAAAAAACGUGUGGAGGCCAGAGGCCAUUUAAUGGGAGCUUAUUUACCACAGUGUGAUGACAACGGACAGUAUCUGCCAGACCAGCGCCAUGGCUCCACUGGAUAUCAUUGGUGUGCAGACAGCAAAGGACAGAAAAUACCAGGAACUGACACGCCACCUGGUGUACCAGAUGUAAACUGCAGCAAACCAGAUGAACCACAACGUCUCUGUCAGCGCCACCGAGACCGCCAGAAAGGCAUCGAUGCUUCAGUUGGAGUCUUUGUACCAGAGUGUGAUGAAAAUGGAGAGUAUCAACCAAAGCAGUGUCAUGCUUCCACUGGAGAAUGCUGGUGUGUGGACAAGAGAGGAAUCCAAAUAUCAGAAACCAAAAUCCCAGCUGGUUCACCACCUCCAGACUGCAGCAAAGCAGUUGAGCGUCACUAUGAGCGCCCAAAACCCCUACUAGAGGCCGAUGGUGAAAUCUUCGAUAUCAUUUCGUCAAUGUGUAAAAAUGACGGACAGAUUAUACCACCAGAGAUCCAUGGCAGGGAUGCACAAUGUCAGUGUGCGAGAAAACAACAAGCAAUUGGACCAAUGGGUUUCCGUUGCACCCUAGUGUCUGCUAAAUUAGGGGGCGGCAUGAUUCAGAGGGUAGAGUGGGCUACCUGUAACCCAAGGGUUGCUGGUUUGAUCCAGGCCCAUGGAGCUCAUGUUGAGGAGGGUUGUGGUUAG